AUCCCUCGUGGAGGACGACGACCCUCACAUGAAAGUGUCGCUGGGGUGUGGUGACAUGGGCGUCUCUGCCCACCUACAGCCUUCCAAAACAGGAAACACUCGCUUCUUCACAAGCAACACACACAGCUCAGUUGUCCUUCAGGUGAGUAGUAAUGGAUGGGAGGGCGGGUUACAGGAGAGAGAAUGAGAGAUGGUUCAUAUACUCUCCUUUUUUCUUGAUCUCCUACUUAUUGUUAUUAUUACAAAUAUUAUUAUGAUCAUCAUUAUAAUAAUAAGUAAUGUCAUCAUCAUUGUUUACACUGUUCCAAAUGGUCAGAAAAAAGUAUAAUAUUGUAAUCUAACGGCAAUAAUUUGGCACACCCAAUACUCACGCAACGCUUGCUCCAAUACCCUCCUUUUUGUUGAUCUCCAGUAGUUUCCACAACUAAGUAAAAUGUCUUCCACAGAUCUGACUUCCCCUUUCCCUCCUGAGAAACCAGUAAACAUUUGCCCAUUUCGAGUUUCUUUUUCACGUCCUCUGCAUCCAUUUUGCUGUCGACAUUAUGGUGUUCUGAGUUUGAUACAACCAAUUUAUUAAUGUGAUUAGGAUAGGCUAUAGGUCCGGCCCUAUUGGUCACAUGCGAUGAAAUGCGUACAUGUUUCACGUAAAGAGAGCAAGGGUUGAGGGAAUAGGAAAUGUUUUUCCUGAACAAAUUAGGGAUUUCGGUAACAGAACUUUUCAGUCAGAAACAAGUAAGACACUAAAUGGAUGAAAUUAUGUGGCAGCUUCAGCACGGACAGCGCAAUAAACACUUACUGUGAUGUGGUCCUCUGUAGCUCAGCUGGUAGAGCACGGCGCUUGUAACGCCAUGGUAGUGGGUUCGAUCCCCGGGACCACCCAUACACAAAAAAAAUGUAUGCACGCAUGACUGUAAGUCGCUUUGGAUAAAAGCGUCUGCUAAAUGGCAUAUUAUUAUUAUUAUUAUUAUGUGGUGCCUUUUCGCUGCAGUAAGGAGGAGAGCGAAACAACGUGUGCCAGUCACACAGGCACUCGCUGUCAUUUUAUUUAACACAGUGUGACCAUCGGGCUCUUUCUUGAGUCAUUUGUGUGUCUUAAUUAUUUAUAGUGUGCUUAAAGCAUCAGACAAGCUCAGUGCAUAUGUUGUUGGUUUUAUUUAAACACAUAGGGUGUGUCUGUCUAUAUAUGGAAAAAUAAGUUAAAACAUUUCGACCAAUCGAUUGGUUGAAAGAACAGGACGACUCUCAGUUGGUAGAGCAUGGCGCUUGCAACGCCAUGGUUGUGGGUUCGUUUCCCACGGGAGGCCAGUAUGGAAAAAAAAAUUAUGCACUCACUAACUGUAAGUCGCUCUGGAUAAGAGCGUCUGCUAAAUGACUAAAAUGUAAUGUAAAUGAUAUUAUCGGUAGGACUGGUGGAGUUACAGUGGGGGAAAAAAGUAUUUAGUCAGCCACCAAUUGUGCAUGUUCUCCCACUUAAAAAGAUGAGAGAGGCCUGUAAUUUUCAUCAUAGGUACACGUCAACUAUGACAGACAAAAUGAGAAAAUUUUUCCAGAAAAUCACAUUGUAGGAUUAUUUAUGAAUUUAUUUGCAAAUUAUGGUGGAAAAUAAGUAUUUGGUCAAUAAAAAAAGUUUCUCAAUACUUUGUUAUAUACCCUUUGUUGGCAAUGACACAGGUCAAACGUUUUCUGUAAGUCUUCACAAGGUUUUCACACACUGUUGCUGGUAUUUUGGCCCAUUCCUCCAUGCAGAUCUCCUCUAGAGCAGUGAUGUUUUGGGGCUGUCGCUGGGCAACACAGACUUUCAACUCCCUCCAAAGAUUUUCUAUGGGGUUGAGAUCUGGAGACUGGCUAGGCCACUCCAGGACCUUGAAAUGCUUCUUACGAAGCCACUCCUUCGUUGCCCGGGCGGUGUGUUUGGGAUCAUUGUCAUGCCCAGCCACGUUUCAUCUUCAAUGCCCUUGCUGAUGGAAGGAGGUUUUCACUCAAAAUCUCACGAUACAUGGCCCCAUUCAUUCUUUCUUUUACACGGAUCAGUCGUCCUGGUCCCUUUGCAGAAAAACAGCCCCAAAGCAUGAUGUUUCCACCCCCAUGCUUCACAGUAGGUAUGGUGUUCUUUGGAUGCAACUCAGCAUUCUUUGUCCUCCAAACACGACGAGUUGAGUUUUUACCAAAAAGUUCUAUUUUGGUUUCAUCUGACCAUAUGACAUUCUCCCAAUCCUCUUCUGGAUCAUCCAAAUGCACUCUAGCAAACUUCAGACGGGCCUGGACAUGUACUGGCUUAAGCAGGGGGACACGUCUGGCACUGCAGGAUUUGAGUCCAUGGCGGCGUAGUGUGUUACUGAUGGUAGACUUUGGUCCCAGCUCUCUGCAGGUCAUUCACUAGGUCCCCCCGUGUGGUUCUGGGAUUUUUGCUCACAGUUCUUGUGAUCAUUUUGACCCCACGGGGUGAGAUCUUGCGUGGAGCCCCAGAUCGAGGGAGAUUAUCAGUGGUCUUGUAUGUCUUCCAUUUCCUAAUAAUUGCUCCCACAGUUGAUUUCUUCAAACCAAGCUGCUUACCUAUUGCAGAUUCAGUCUUCCCAGCCUGGUGCAGGUCUACAAUUUUGUUUCUUGUGUCCUUUGACAGCUCUUUGGUCUUGGCCAUAGUGGAGUUUGGAGUGUGACUGUUUGAGGUUGUGGACAGGUGUCUUUUAUACUGAUAACAAGUUCAAACAGGUGCCAUUAAUACAGGUAACGAGUGGAGGACAGAGGAGCCUCUUAAAGAAGAAGUUACAGGUCUGUGAGAGCCAGAAAUGUUGCUUGUUUGUAGGUGACCAAAUACUUAUUUUCCACCAUAAUUUGCAAAUAAAUUCAUAAAAAAUCCUACAAUGUGAUUUUCUGGAGAAUAAAAAUCUAAAUUUGUCUGUCAUAGUUGACGUGUACCUAUGAUGAAAAUUACAGGCCUCUCUCAUCUUUUUAAGUGGGAGAACUUGCACAAUUGGUGGCUGACUAAAUACUUUUUUUCCCCACUGUAUGUCGCACAUGCAGCUAACAAAAACAUAUGGAAAUGUCUGCUCUACCCAAAAUUACAACCAAAUAAUUGCAGCAUUACCGCAAAAAUGGAAAAGGAAAGUGGAAGGGGGUAAAAGUAAGGAACUUGUCUGUCGGCCUUGCAUUAAAGAAUAUAAUUGGUUAAAGAAAAUUGUGAUAAAUAAAAAUGUAUACCAGUUUCAUUUAAGGACCAAAGGAUUGACAGCCGUCCCAUAUAGAUUGCAAAAUAGAUGGGAAGAGAUUUUUGACGUACCGAUUCCAUGGCAUAGUGUUUAUGAAUUGAUACGCAAAACGACGCCGGAUUCAAAACUUAUAAUUUUUCUAUUUAAAUGAUUAUAUAAAAUUAUUGCUACCAAUAGAAUGUUAUUUAUAUGGGGGAUACAAUCUUCCCAGCUCUGCAGAUUUUGCUGCGAAGAGACGGAAUCAUUAGAUCAUUUGUUUUGGUACUGUCCAUUUGUAGCUUGUUUUUGGACACAGGUCCAGGAAUGGCUAAAGGAUUGCAAUAUUUACCUGGAGCUAACCCUGCAGAUAGCGCUACUGGGUGCUCUGAAAAGUCAUAGUCAAUCGAUCAAUAAUAUAAUAAUACUUUUAGCAAAAAUGUUUAUUUUCAAUUUACAAUCUGUAGAAACAAUGAAAAUAGAAAGGUUCAGAACUUUUGUAAAACAUCACAGUACAGUUGAAAUAUAUAUGGCAAAUAGAAAUCCAAUAUGGAUGGUGUUAAGAGAUAGAUGGGAGGUGUUGAAUGGAGCUGAAGAAUGGGACUAAUAACAACUAACAACAACUAAUAACGGAAAGAUAACUAAUGUUAAGCAUACUCCAUAAUAAGUAUAUAGGUUAUAGGUUGAGAGCUUUUGUGAAAGAGCACAGUUAGAAAAAUAUGGCAUAUAGAAGCAAACCAGAUGGAUAUCAUGAAAAUGAUCGGAGGAAGUUCAGGAGUAAAAAUAAACAAAAUAUAAUUAUUGUAGAAUUUGACUGUGUCCAUAAAAUGUAUAUAGUAUGUAUGGGCUGGAAGUAGAGGCCUACGCGUUGUUGUUCACUAGUUUACUCCAAUUGGGGAAGAGGUGGUGGGGUUGGAAAGUAAUGAAGGGAAAUAUAAUUUUUAAAAGGAUAUGUAUGUAUGUAUGUAUGUAUGUAUGUAUGUAUGUAUGUAUGUAUGUAUGUAUGUAUAUAUAUAUGUGUGUGUAUGUAUGUGUAUAUAUAUGCAUACAUGUAUUAUUAUUAUUAUGAUAUAUAUAUUUUUUUCAUACUGGCUCCCCGUGGGAAACGAACCCACAUCCCUGCCGGCCAAACCCUCCCCUACCUUGGACGACGCUGGGCCAAUUGUGCGCCGCCCAUGGGUCUCCCGGUCGCGGCCGGCUGCUCCCGAGUGGCGCAGUGGUCUAAGGCACUGCAUCGCAGUGCUAGUUGUGCCACUAGAGAUCCUGGUUCGAGUCCAGGCUCUGUCGCAGCCGGCCGCGACCGGGAGACCCAUGGGCGGCGCACAAUUGGUCCAGCGUCGUCCAAGUUAGGGGAGGGUUUGGCCGGCAGGGAUGUGGGUUCGUUUCCCACGGGGGCCAGUAUGAAAAAAAAUAUAUAUAUAUAUACAGUGGGGAGAACAAGUAUUUGAUACACUGCCGAUUUUGCAGGUUUUCCUACUUACAAAGCAUGUAGAGGUCUGUACUUUUUAUCAUAGGUACACUUCAACUGUGAGAGACGGAAUCUAAAACAAAAAUCCAGAAAAUCACAUUGUAUGAUUUUUAAGUAAUUAAUUUGCAUUUUAUUGCAUGACAUAAGUAUUUGAUCACCUACCAACCAGUAAGAAUUCCGGCUCUCACAGACCUGUUAGUUUUUCUUUAAGAAGCCCUCCUGUUCUCCACUCAUUACCUGUAUUAACUACACCUGUUUGAACUCGUUACCUGUAUAAAAGACACCUGUCCACACACUCAAUCAAACAGACUCCAACCUCCAACCAGCAGGGAUUUUAGCCCACUCCUCCAUACAGACCUUCUCCAGAUCCUUCAGGUUUUGGGGCUGUCGCUGGGCAAUACGGACUUUCAGCUCCCUCCAAAGAUUUUCUAUUGGGUUCAGGUCUGGAGACUGGCUAGGCCACUCCAGGACCUUGAGAUGCUUCUUACGGAGCCACUCCUUAGUUGCCCUGGCUGUGUGUUUCGGGUCGUUGUCAUGCUGGAAGACCCAGCCACGACCCAUCUUCAAUGCUCUUACUGAGGGAAGGAGGUUGUUGGCCAAGAUCUCGUGAUACAUGGCCCCAUCCAUCCUCCCCUCAAUACGGUGUAGUCGUCCUGUCCCCUUUGCAGAAAAGCAUCCCCAAAUAAUGAUGUUUCCACCUCCAUGCUUCACGGUUGGGAUGGUGUUCUUGGGGUUGAACUCAUCCUUCUUCUUCCUCCAAACACGGCGAGUGGAGUUUAGACCAAAAAGCUCUAUUUUUGUCUCAUCAGACCACAUGACCUUCUCCCAUUCCUCCUCUGAAUCAUCCAGAUGGUCAUUGGCAAACUUCAGACGGGCCUGGACAUGCGCUGGCUUGAGCAGGGGGACCUUGCAUGCGCUGCAGGAUUUUAAUCCAUGACGGCGUAGUGUGUUACGAAUGGUUUUCUUUGAGACUGUGGUCCCAGCUCUCUUCAGGUCAUUGACCAGGUCCUGCCAUGUAGUUCUGGGCUGAUCCCUCACCUUCCUCAUGAUCAUUGAUGCCCCACGAGGUGAGAUCUUGCAUGGAGCCCCAGACCGAGGGUGAUUGACCGUCAUCUUGAACUUCUUCCAUUUUCUAAUAAUUGCGCCAACAGUUGUUGCCUUCUCACCAAGCUGCUUGCCUAUUGUCCUGUAGCCCAUCCCAGCCUUGUGCAGGUCUACAAUUUUAUCCCUGAUGUCCUUACACAGCUCUCUGGUCUUGGCCAUUGUGGAGAGGUUGGAGUCUGUUUAAUUGAGUGUGUGGACAGGUGUGUUUUAUACAGGUAACCAGUUCAAAUAGGUGCAGUUAAUACAGGUAAUGAGUGGAGAACAGGAGGGCUUCUUAAAGAAAAACGAACAGGUCUGUGAGAGCCGGAAUUUUUACUGGUUGGUAGGUGAUCAAAUACUUAUGUCAUGCAAUAAAAUACAAAUUAAUUACUUAAAAAUCAUACAAUGUGAUUUUCUGGAUUUUGUCCGUCUCUCACAGUUGAAGUGUACCUAUGAUAAAAAUUACAGACCUCUACAUGCUUUGUAAGUAGGAAAACCUGCAAAAUCGGCAGUGUAUCAAAUACUUGUUCUCCCCACUGUAUGUAUGUAUGUAUGUGUAUAUAUAUAUUUGCGAGAAAAAUAACAUAUGGGGGAUUGGAAGUGAUGCAGACAAUUACAUUGAUGGAAGUUACUAUCUAUCUGAAAUAUUAAAGCUGAUCUACCCCUAAAAAGAAAAAAAAGAAAAAAAACAGUCAGUUGUAACGAAAAAAAUUUGUAAACCUUUAUUACAGCAUAGCAACGAUUAAAAACAGCCAAAUCUGUGAAAUUGCUUUAUCCGACAUUUUGUCGUUGCAUGAGGCUUGGUGCUCACGGAGUCAGUAGGCUAUUAAACAAACACUCAAACAGGCAACAGAAGCAAGAUCUGUCUUAUUUCUGUAGAUAUACACUACCGGUCAAAAGUUUUCGAACACCUACUCAUUCAAGGGUUUUUCUUUAUUUUUUACUAUUUUCUACAUUGUAGAAUGUUUUCACUAUUAUUCUACAAUGUAGAAAAUAGUAAAAAUAUAGAAAAACCCUUGAAUGAGUAGGUGCUCUAAAACUUUUGACCGGUAGUGUAUAUCAAAUAAAAUAAAAUGUUAUUUGCCACAUGCGCCGAAUACAACAGGUGUAGACAUUACAGUGAAAUGCUUACUUACAUGCCCUUAACCAACAAUGUAGUUUUUAAGGGGGGGAAAAAAGGUGUUAAGUAAAAAGUAGAUAAGUAAAAAAUAGCAAAUAAUUAAAGAGCAGCAGUAAAAUAAGUUAACAGUAGGGAGGCUAUAUACAGGGGGUACCGGUACAGAGAAUGCAAAUAGUCUGGGUAGCUGUUCAGGAGUCUUAUGGCUUGGGGGUAGAAGCUGUUAAGAAGCCUUUUGGACCUAGACUUGGCGCUCCGGUACCGCUUGCUGUGCGGUAGCAGAGAGAACAGUCUAUGACUAGGGUGGCUGGAGUCUUUGAUAAUUUUUAGGGCCUUCCUCUGGUAUAGAGGUCCUGGAUGGCAGGAAGCUUGGCCCCAGUGAUGUACUGGGCCAUACGCACUACCCUCUGUAGUGUCUUGCGGUUGGAGGCCAAGCAGUUGCCAUACCAGGCGGUGAGGCAACCAGUCAGGAUGCUCUCGAUGGUGCAGCUGUAUAACUUUUUGAGGAUCUGAUGAACCAUGCCAAAUCUUUUCAGUCUCCUGAGGGGGAAUAGGCUUUGUCGUGCCCUCUUCACGACUGUCUUGGUGUGUUUGGACCAUGAUAGUUUGUUGGUGAUAUAGACACCAAGGAACUUGAAGCUCUCAACCUGUUCCACUACAGCCCCGUCGAUGAGAAUGGGGGCGUGCUCAGUCCUCUUUUUGUUCCUGUAGUCCACAAUCAUCUCCUUUGUCUUGAUCACGUUGAGGGAGAGGUUGUUAUCUUGGCACCACAUGGCCAGGUCUCUGACCUCCUCCGUAUACGCUGUCUCAUCGUUGUCGGUGAUCAGGCCUACCACUGUUGUGUCGUCGGCAAACUUAAUGAUGGCGUUGGAGUCGUGCCUGGCCAUGCAGUCAUGGAUGAACAGGGAGUACAGGAGGGGACUGAGCACGCACCCCUGAGGGGCCCCCGUGUUGAGGAUCAGCGUGGCAGAUGAGUUGUUACCUACCCUUACCACCCUGGGGGCGGCCCAUCAGGAAGUCCAGGAUCCAGUUGCAGAGGGAGGUGUUUAGUCCCAGGGUCCUUAGCUUAGUGAUGAGCUUUGAGGGUGCUAUGGUGUUGAACGCUGAGCUGUAGUCAAUGAAUAGCAUUCUCACGUAGGUGUUCCUCUUGUCCAGGUGGAAAAGGGCAGUGUGGAGUGCAAUAGAGAUUGCAUCAUCUGUGGAUCUGUUGGGGCGGUAUGCAAAUUGGAGUGGGUCUAGGGUUUCUGGGAUAAUGAUGUUGAUGUGAGCCAUAACCAGCCUUUCAAAGCAUGUGAGUGCUACGGGUCGGUAGUCAUUUAGGCAGGUUAUCUUAGUGUUCUUGGGCACAGGGACUAUGGUGGUCUGCUUGAAACAUGUUGGUAUUACAGACUCAAUCAGGGACAUGUUGAAAAUGUCAGUGACGACACUUGCCAGUUGGUCAGCACAUACUCUGAGUACAUGUCCUGGUAAUCCAUCUGGCCCUGUGGCCUUGUGAAUGUUGACCUGCUUAAAAGUCUUACUCACAUCGGCUACGGAGAGCGUGAUCACAUAGUCAUCCGGAACAGCUGAUGCUCUCAUGCAUGCUUCAGUGCUGCUUGCCUCGAUGCGAGCAUAGAAGUGAUUUAGCUCAUCUGGUAGGCUUGUGUCACUGGGCAGCUCGCAGCUGUGCUUCCCUUUGUAGUCUGUAAUAGUUUUCAAGCCCUACCACAUCCGACGAGCGUCAGAGCCGGUGUAGUACGAUUCAAUCUUAGUCCUGUAUUGACUCUUUGCCUGUUUGAUGGUUUGUCGGAGGGCAUAGCGGAAUUUCUUAUAAGCGUCCGGGUUAGAGUCCCGCUCCUUGAAAUCGGCAGCUCUACCCUUUAGCUCAGUGCGGAUGUUGCCAGUAAUCCAUGGCUUCUGGUUGGGGUAAUGUUGCACCAUUAUUUAUUACAUAAUAUAACCAUAUACAAUUUCAGUAUCAUAUGUCUUAGAGUGAUGGACUGAUCAGUCCACUGAGACAGGCGCGAAUCAGGUGCGACAGGUGUCUUGUGCACCAUGAAAAACAAAAAAACUUGACUGAAGAAAUCUCGGUCGACAAACAGCUUAUCAACCAAACAAUUGACCAGUCGACUAAAUUGGGUCAGUCCUAGAAAAAAUAUAUAAUGAGUUUUUCACAACACAAUGAACGCGUCACCUUUUAAUAAUUAUAACAAUCACACCCACGCUAACAACACGACUCACCCACUCUAAUCACUGGCACAUCUGAAGUCAGGAUGCAAUGCGCGUGGAGGGUCAAAGCACAUAAAUAAAUCAGGGUUGUGUGUGCAAGCUGGUUAGGAUAUAUAAGACUUUCAAACCCAUUCACUGCAUUUGAUAAGGAGAAUGAUCAGUAUAUGAUUCCAUUGACUCAAAGGGAAUUAUGUUCUAAGACAUUGAAAACGGUCUGUUAUGCUCUUUGCAAUGAGUUGUCAAAGUGAUAUCAUUCAUGAAAAGUUGGAUUGAAAUAAUGGAAAUGACUGUUGUUCCCUCUAGUUGAAAUGGCCUACUUUUUUCAUCGCACGCAUAGAACGAGAUGUCUUCUGCAUAUGAGAAGACACAAAGAAAACGUGAUGACAAUUUCAUUGGAGAAGAACUCCAUUAUAUUACUUAUAUACAGUAACUAGCUGGAAGGGUAAGACAGAGACAUGGUUGUGACCCCUGCAGUGUAGACAGACAGUGGCUCAGCGUGUUGGGCUCCAGCCGUGGAAUGAAGCAUCAGUAUCAGUCAGUGAGUGAGUGAGUCAUUCAGUGAGUCAGGCUCCCUGGCCUGCCUUACCCAUGCCAGUCUCUGUCCACACGUGAAGGUCGUCACAGAGAGAGGGGCCCCCAGGCCAGGCAGGAGAUGGCAGAAAGCUGUUGGACUCGUCAAUGACCUGUCCACACUGUGUGUACUCCACAACCUGUCACUAUGACGGAGGUGUGUUGUGUUGAAGUGUGGAGAUGUUGUUAGUUAGACAGAGUGCUUCAUAGGUUUCCCUUCGACAGUGUAAUAGCCUUUUAGCUGUUGAAGAGUGUAUUAUCGUGUUGAAAAGGUGUCAGGAACACAGCACAGGGUGGGUGUAUACGUGUGAUUCAGCACAAUGCUUAUAUGGGAUGCCACUUAAUCAUAUUAACACUGUCUCUGUCAUUGCUGCAAGUAGGGUUGUGAUGGUCAUGGACUUUUGGAUGAUGGUAAUAGCAAAUGUUCUCCUAUCCUCCGCUCCUGAACGCAUGUGCUGCCAUAGAAAUAGAAUGAAUAGAACGAGCGUCCCCAUUCGUCAAUGAUAGCAUAAUGGGUGGACUGGCGGCCAUUGCAAGUGUACCCAUAGCAGCAUCACAUUAGUGAAAACCAAGACUGUUCUCAGGGCAGGCCUGGUUGUAGCUAGAUAUGUUUGAGUCACGUCGGGGACAAUUUUAGCUAACCUUAACCUUAUUCUUCUAACCUGCCACGUAAGUUUUCCUAACCUGCUACGAAAAGUCACUUCUGCUAGUCAAAACCGACAGACUUGCCCUUAGAACAGUCUUGGUUUCCACUAAUGCGAUACAGCGUUCCCAUAGGCACAAAGCAGGAAGUAAAAGCAGGAGGUGUACCCAUCAAUAUGUGCUGUGAUUUGUUGAUUCAACUCAACUGACAUUACAAAAAUGUGUGCACGAACAGCCUAAAAAACCCUUGCCGAAGACCAAAAUGAACAAAAACGUCACAAAAUGUCGUCAUAAUAUAUACACAAACUGUUCCGAACUGUUUCGGAUGGGAAGCAUGUGGCCGCGUUUAGACUCCACUGUGUUCUUUAUAGGGACCUCAGUCUGUGACUGAGCACUGGGCUUGAUAACACCAUAAUUGUCCUAUUUAGCUAACAUCGACAUCAGUUUUUCCUGAACAUAAAAAGGUUAAAAAGAAUGUUGUUGGAGUAAUGACUUUGUAUUCGGAAUGUCAAGGGAGCCGUCUAGAAACAAUCAAUUUGACCAGUAGAAAAUAAUAUCAUUGCUACAUAUUGCUAUUAAGCCAGGUGAGCAGUAUAGUUCUGUGGCAUAUUCAUUUAAGAUGUAUUUGGCUGGUUUUACCCCCAAAAAUUUUUUCCUUGAAGGAAUUUACAUUAAAUCAGAAUAUGAAAUAAAAAACUUACUGUAACAUUUUCUGUGUGAAGGUAGACAAAUAAUUACUUUAGGGAUAUACAUUGUUUAUUUGCAGGAAGGUUGUCAAGAACCGGUAGUGCUGUUAUGUAGUGAUUGAGUUAGGAUAAUCCAGUCUCGGUGUCCAAGUCUGGGCAGGGCUAUAGAGAGCAGGUUGAGCCCCUCUGGAAUGAGGCCAUGGUUCAGGACAGACAGGGUCUCUCCACAGGACACAGAGCAGCUCUCUAACAGGCUGGUCUCUCCUGUCUCUCCCUCCCUCCAUCCCAGGGAUUUGACCAGCUGAGGAUAGAGGGAUUACUGUGUGAUGUCACACUGGUGGCGGGGGACGGAGACGAAGCCUUUCCAGUGCACCGCGCAAUGAUGGCCUCCUCCAGCGACUACUUCAAAGCCAUGUUCACAGGUAAGACAUUAUGUCUCUCUCUCUCUCUCUCUCUCUCUCGCAGCAGCAGCAAGCACAGGAUGGGACGACUGCAUAUUGUGUUUAAUGUUGAUUAACAGACUGAGUGAUCAGAGGAUUAGCCUGUUUGUCACGCGUCCAUCAUUCAAUCUGUACUCUGGGGCUGUUAGCAUUGUGUUGUCUGGUUGUUGCGUAAAUCGCCUUCUGAUGGAAGCAGUGUGUGUGUGUGUGUUUGAGCCAGCCAUGGCUAAUCAGAAGGGCGUUGUUGGUCUCUGUCUUGGUUCUCCUGCCUGGUAGAUGGAAAUUAUUGUGUCAAUCUCCCUGAAAGAGGCUUCUCCCAAAGUGCUCUUUUCCUUUAAGCACAGCGUGAAUCCUCCAGGGUUUGAGAUGCUGCUUUUUACUUCCCCUGUCAUCUCUACAAUCUGACAAGCUACACUACAUGACCAAAAGUAUCUGGACACCAGCUCGAACAUCUCAUUCCAAAACCAUGGGCAUUAAUAUGAGUUGGUCCCCCCUUUGCUGCUAUAACAGCCUACACUCUUCUGGGAAGGCUUUCCACUAGAUGUUGGAACAUUGCUGCGGGGACUUGCUUCGAUUCAGCCACAACAGCAUUAGUGAGGUCGGGCACUUAUGUUGGGCAAUUAGGCCUGGCUUGCAGUCGGCGUUCCAAUUCAGCCCAAAGGUGUUCAAUGGGGUUGAGGUCAGGGCUCUGUGCAGGCCAGUCAAGUUCUUCCACAUCGAUCUCAACAAACCAUUUCUGUAUGGACCUCGCUUUGUGCACGGGGGCAUUGUCAUGCUGAAACAGGAGAGGGCCUUCCCCAAACUUUUGCCACAAAGUUGGAGCACAGAAUCAUCUAGAAUGUAAUUGUAUGUUGUAGUGUUACGAUUUCCCUUCACUGGAACAAAGGGGCCUAGCCCGAACCAUGAAAAACAGCCCCAGACCAUUAUUCCUCCUCCACCAAACUUUACAGUUGGCACUAUGCAUUCGGCAGGUAGCGUUCUUCUGGCAUCCGCCAAACCCAGAUUCGUCCGUCGGACUGCCAGAUGGUGAUGCGUGAUUCAUCACUCCAGAGAACACGUUUCCACUGCUCCAGAGUCCAAUGGCGGCAAGCUUUACACCACUCCAGCCGACGCUUGGCAUUGCACAUGGUGAUCUUAGGCAUGUGUGAGGCUGCUCGGCCAAGGAAACCCAUUUCAUUAAGUUCCCGACGAACAGUUCUUGUGCUGACGUUGCUUCCAGAGGCAGUUUGGAACUCGGUAGUGAGUGUUGCAACCGAGGACAAAAACAAUUUAAUCCAUUUUUGAAUAAGGCUGUAACGUAACAAAAUGUGGAAAAAGUCAAGGGGUCUGAGUACUUUCCGAAUGCAAUGUAUAUAGUGUACCUUACCUUGAAUUAGAUGUGGGACCUUUUCCCCAGGGGUUAAAGUUUCGAUUUGCCUUGUGCUUUUAGAAAAAUAAUAAGCCUUUUCACAAGACAAUGCAAAAAUUGCAUUCAACACUGAGGUUGUUUAGAAAUGUUAUUUAUGUUAUUGUACAAUGCCUGGGAAAUCAUUUCUGUGAUCAGCAACAAUAUUCAGCAUGUGUAUUUUUCUUUCCGUAAUGUAUUUCUGUUUUUCUUUCUUUCUUCUUGUUGUAGCUUAGUAAGUGCCUCACUGAUGACGCAAAUAGAAAUGACUGAGAUAGAUGCAGUUAUUCCUCAAGAGUUAGGCAAUGUCGAAUGUCCUCUUCUUAACAGCCAAAAGAGGACAGCCUCAAUACCUGUAAGUGGUUCAGCAGAUAUUUGACAAGUAUGCAGCCUAUCUGAGAGGUUCAGAAGUGUUGUUGAGCUGAAAUAGAUGUGCUAAGAGGGAAGUGAGUCACUGUUUAAGCCCGUAAUAAGGAGGGGAGUAUGCUGCUGCGAUGCUGAGCAAAGGCUUUUCACUGCGACCCACAGCCCUCUCUGGGUGAAUUAUACAACGGUCUCCAGGCUUUGGUGAAUACAUUUCAUUUACAUGCAGCCAUAAUGGUAGAUGUAUGAAAGCUCGGUGGAAUGGCGUCUGUUCCUUCGGUUAGCCUUGACUGUCAAAGGCAGAGCUCAUAGGUGAUGCUAUUCUGUUUUUCUCUGACUGGUGCCUUGUAUAAUAUGCUCCUUGUGUUUUUCUCCUGUCUCUCUGUUUCUCUCUCUGUCUGUCUCUGUCUGUGUGUCUCUCUCUCUCUGUCUCUCUCUCUAUCUCUCUCUGUCUCUCUCUCUCUCGCUCUCUCUCUCUCCUCAUCACGCAGGUGGAAUGAAGGAACAGGAUUUGAUGUGCAUCAAGCUUCAUGGUGUCAACCGAAUAGGCCUGAAGAAGAUCAUAGACUUCAUCUACACGGCCAAGCUGUCUCUCAACAUGGAGAACCUGCAGGACACACUGGAGGCAGCCAGCUUCCUCCAAAUCCUCCCUGUGCUCGACUUCUGCAAGGUCUUUCUCAUAUCUGGGGUAAGGAGCCUAACACUGCCUGCUCAUCCUACCUGAUCUUAUAGCCUGCUCGUAUAGCCUGCUCGUAUAGCCUGCUCGUAUAGCCUGCUCGUAUAGCCUGCUCAGCCCUCCAGAACCAGCCAGGGGGAUUAUACUCAGCAGCUUAAGAUAUCUGACUACUGUACUCUACUGCCUACUUUAAUAUCUAGAUUUGGCCUGCGGUAAAAGCACUGUGUAAAAUGUGUUGUUUGUGUGUGGUGUGACUGAGAGUGGUUGCUUCUCACUGCUUCCCCUCUCUCCUUGGCUGCAGGUGUCCCUGGAUAACUGUGUGGAGGUGGGGCGCAUCGCUAACACAUACAACCUCACGGAGGUGGACAAAUACGUCAACAACUUCAUCCUCAAGAACUUUCCCUCGCUGCUGGGCACGGGGGACUUUGUCAAGCUGCCCUUUGAGCGGCUGGCCUUUGUUCUGUCCAGUAACAGUCUGAAGCACUGCAGCGAGCUGGACCUGUUCAAGGCCGCGUGCCGCUGGCUCCGCUAUGAGGACGGACGCAUGGACCACGCCCCCAAGCUCAUGAAGAACAUCCGCUUCCCCCUCAUGAACCCCCAGGAGCUCAUCAACCACGUGCAGACUGUAGACUUUAUGCGCACAGACAACACCUGCGUCAACCUUCUCCUGGAGGCCAGCAACUACCAGAUGAUGCCCUAUAUGCAGCCGGUCAUGCAGUCAGAGAGGACGGCCAUCCGCUCAGACAGCGGUCACCUGGUCACCCUGGGCGGCGUCCUGCGCCAGCAGCUGGUGGUCAGUAAGGAGCUGCGUCUGUUUGACGAGAAGGCCCACGAGUGGAAGGCGCUGGCGCCCAUGGACGCCCCCCGCUACCAGCAUGGCAUCGCCGUCAUCGGCAACUUCCUCUACGUGGUGGGAGGCCAGAGCAACUAUGACACCAAAGGCAAGACGGCGGUGGACACGGUGUUCCGUUACGACCCGCGCUACAACAAGUGGAUGCAGGUGGCGUGCCUUAACGAGAAACGCACCUUCUUCCACCUCAGCGCUCUCAAGGGACACCUCUACGCCGUGGGUGGACGCAAUGCCGCUGGAGAGCUGGGUGAGUUUAAUUCACCAAGGUUGGUUAAUUACACUGCUUGUAGUCCUGCUCUAAUGCUUAACAUAUCUGGGUAUAUUUGGAAAGGACAUCUCAUGGGAAAUAGUGAAAGGCAAGCACAAGGCACACCAAUUGUCAGUUGUCACAACAUGAUGGUGUAGCACAGGUGCACAUGUGGCGUGGCUGUGUGAUUCUGACAUAGCCCUGGACCAGGCAGAGUAUAGGAUGAGAUGAGGGAGGGCUAGCUGCAGCCAGACCCUGUGAACGACAGCAGCAGAAACAACAAGGUGAAGGAGGAGGAGGUCAGGGAGAGGUAGCGGCCGGUGGAAUGUUUGUAAGUAGCAUCCCAGGACACUGUGAUCUGAUGUCAGUGCCCACCCAGCUCAGCAGCUAGACUCUCAUUGCAGAGUGCAGACGACAGAGUGGUGCCACCCUACUACCUCAAUGCAGCCCUGUAAUUGUAGGGGACAGGCUGGCCAGGUCAUGCUAUCCACUCUGCUCCUCUGGGUUGUGGGCUGUAAUUGCCACAGUAGGCAUGGGUCCUCGUAGGGCACUAGUUCACUCUGAAUGGGUAGAACGGACAGUCUCCUGUGCUGGUUACUGCCUGUUAUCCUUGGGAAGCCAGUCUGGGACUCAGAUAUUCUGUCACUUGUUUCGAACGCAGCACGGAGUUCAGCCUUUUGAACAUAAAUCGUUUUUGAUGUAACCACGCGGAGGAGGGAGGGUUUUGAAACUUUGAUUUGCUACUGAGGUUCUGUCAGCUUAUUUUAAAAGAUUUAAAGAACAUAAAAGGCUCCCCUCAGUCAGGGCGGUUUGAGAGUAGAGGAUGGUGAUGUGUGUGUGUGUGUGUGUGUGUGUGUGUGUGUGUGUGUACAGUCAGUGACACACGCUGACACAUACACACACACACACACACACACACACACACACACAUUUGUUAACAUAUGAUGGAUGAUGUGGUUAUAUUUACAGGUUUAAAGGCCAUCCAUCCUGUUUAUACCUCUAUGGCCACUCUCCAUAACUGUCCAUGUGAAAGCCUUUCAUAUUAAUCCACUCUACUAGGACAGCCAGAGCACAAACAUGUGAGGAACAAUGACAGCACGGAUAUCUCUGAUGUUUGAAUAAUUGAUUUGUAGGACGCUCUUGUAAAUAUAGCAGCAUGUAACCAAAGCUCUUGAGCACUCAUUUGCAUGUAUACCUUAAAGCACCAAGCACUCUGGGGACAAGUGAAAAUGUACUUGGUAACUGGGGCUAUUACUUCAUUUAUUAGCUUUGGAUAUUUUUCAGAAUGCAUUCUUGCAAAUCAUCAGUUAUUGUUUAGGAACCGUGUGGGAAGAAGUAGAUAGAGAAUAGAUAUAGAACACAUUACUAAUUAGUAGGGUUCUAAUAAAUCACUAAUGCCUGCUGCUGCCGUUUUAUUCUCCCAGUAAAGUUCGUUAAAGAUAUUUAUUCUUCUUCGAAUGAUUUGGACUGUUAAUGUUUAAUUAGGCCUAGGCUGCUUCCCCUUUUGACAAGUUCUCACAGGAAAUAUCGGUGAAGUGAAUACUGGCUUACUUAGUGAGAUAAUGAUGAAAACGUGAUGUAGUGAUGCUCUGAAUUGGAGACCAUCCAUUUGGUCCACUGGAACUUCUGUAUCAAAACUGUAGCCAGAGCUCUUUGUAUCUGGGCCUGGGUUAAACCCUAUAGGUAGGUCCCAGGGAUUAGCCCAGCGUUUCCCAAACUCAGUCUUGGGGACCCCAAGGGGUGCAAGUUUUGCUUGACCAAUAACCGUCAUCCAAAAUUCCAUGACUGUCACAGCCCUAGCCAGGGCAAAGACAAAGGAGGAUUGAGUGUUUGACCUGAUCACCUGGACAGUCAGGUGGUGUCUAAGACCUCGUCACCCACCAACCCAGCUACGCCUAUAGGCUGCAUGAUAAUAUCCUUUCUGCUUCAACUGCCAUAUGGAGACUCCUCUGCCUGGGUGCCAGCCAGCUUGAGAAAUCAGCUUUGCCCUCUGUCUGGAAACUUGAUUGGACAAAUAAUUUUCUAACCUGACAAAUCACUGCCUAAUUGAGAGGCUCCAGACAGAGUGGCGUGAAGAGAACAUCCCAGGCUAGCCUAUACGCUACUGAAUUAUGAUAAGAGCCUUCAAGUGGAGUGGUACAGAGUAGGCCCUAAUUAUGUAAUGGGGAGUGGAUACACCCUCCCUAGUCUCUCUGUGUAGACUAGAGUCACUGCAAUGAAGGGGCUGGGGAGUGGAGUGGUGGUUGGUGGGGGGAUCUCUGCUUUGUAUUUAGGUACCUGGUUCAGCAGCUCCCACACUGACCCUCCAAGGCCGCAUUUGCAGCUAUGUUUGUUCUCCUUAGUUUUCUCUUGAACUACUUUCCCCUCUAAUACUCUGUUGUUGUUUUUCUUCCCCAUGCAGCCACGGUGGAGUGCUACAACCCCAGGACAAACGAGUGGACGUACGUCGCUAAAAUGAACGAGCCACACUACGGCCAUGCAGGGACGGUGUACGGUGGUUACAUGUAUAUUUCAGGUACGUACUUGGCUCCAAAUCAAGUUGCUGAUGCAGUUUAGUCCUAUUAGCUCCAGGGUUUGGUGGAGGGGAGGCUCUUUUCGUAUUUGACUGUACUUGUGUUUUAGAGCCACUGACUGUAUCAGAUGGCAGUGCUCUGUUUGAGAGAGUGACUGGCAUGCUACAAGAUAGAUGUGUGGGUUUUCUGUGGGUGACUAAAGCCUCACAAGUUUGACAGUCACACGUCCUAAUCGUUUCAGUCACACGUUAGCCAUAAGAUGGAGCAGCAUGUGAUAUAGGACUGGGCGAUAUGGCCUAAAAAGCAUAUCUCUAUUUAAUUUUUUUAUUAUUUAUGGCCGAUUUCACAAUAUAUAUCUAGAUUUUAAUGUUUUCUCUAAAUAAGCUUUGUUGUACAAUUAAAGGUCAAAUUCACAGACAGUCAGCAAUAAUCUAAUGAAUUCAGGGCUUGGGAAAUUAUACCUAGGCUAAAUAUAAGCCUUCCACAACCAUAAGAUCCACUAAUAAUUUUAUAAUUUUAUCAAAAUAGUUUAAUGGGCUUUUUUGCAAUAAUCACUGAUCUGGCUUUCAAGUCUGUCUAUGAAAAUUCCCUUUUUGUUACAAUUUUUACCAGAACCAUGCAUAAUGCACAUUCACUUAUAAUGACUAACUUCUUGUAGCAGGCAUUAGGCUAUAGAAAAUUAACACAGGUCUCAUAAACAAUCUCUCAAGCACAAGCCCAUGUGCUAGUGAGUUGCCAGCUAAUCUUUAUAUUUCAAGUUUAGCCAACUUGGAUGUAUUUGCUUGCUAACAAGGUAGAACAGUUGAAUUGUUAUGAACACACCCUUCUGUCUCCAACUGUUUCAUCAGCAUGCUAGCCUGUCCACUUUGUUCAGAUGUUGAAAUCAAGUGGCCUACCUUGUUUCUCAGAAUGAGAACAAGUUGCCAAUUCCUUAUAUAAUUGUUUUAUACUUAUUGCACAUUUAUAAAACACAGACUAGACAGUAUUUGGCUAAAAUGCUGCUAGCGGUACGUGGUACUAGGGUUGUUAUGGUGACCGUAUUAUCGCCACACCGGCGGUCACGUGACUGUUUAGUCACGGUAACUAGGCUUCUCCAAAACUGCUCUCUGAUGCUGCUAAUGGUUAUUAGUAGCCUACCAAACUUGCUAACUGCCUGGUACUCAGCACUCUAUUGUCCCUCUAAUCACUCUGGCAUCAAUGCAAAUGUAAUGGAACAUUUAAAUCAAACACUUCAUGAGAGCCCAUGAGUUCAUGUUGCGCAACAUUUAUAUAGACUAUGCAAUUGCGUGAAAAAACAACAUAGUUUUGAUGGCCUCUAUUAAAAAAGAGGAGGAUUCCAUCAGCUUUCUAUAGGCUUACUAUAUUUAUUUCUCAACUUUCUUAAUAUUAAGCACAUUGCUUCGCUUUACAACAGGAGUAUAGCCUACCUGGCUGGCAUGAAAAUGAACCACGGGAAAAGCAUUCUCCAUUCGCUAUUUAAGUGCAUAGAUGACAUGUAUUUUUUCCCCCUCCCCCUGUUCCAAGACAGGUGCAUGAUAAUGAUCCAUUCUAAUUCAAAACUAUUUUCACACAUACAGUGGGGAAAAAAAAUAUUUAGUCAGCCACCAAUUGUGCAAGUUCUCCCACUUAAAAAGAUGAGAGAGGCCUGUAAUUUUCAUCAUAGGUACACGUCAACUAUGACAGACAAAAUGAGGAAAAAAAAUCCUGAAAAUCACAUUGUAGGAUUUUUAAUGAAUUUAUUUGCAAAUUAUGGUGGAAAAUAAGUAUUUGGUCAAUAACAAAAGUUUCUCAAUACUUUGUUAUAUACCCUUUGUUGGCAAUGACACAGGUCAAACGUUUUCUGUAAGUCUUCACAAGGUUUUCACACACUGUUGCUGGUAUUUUGGCCCAUUCCUCCAUGCAGAUCUCCUCUAGAGCAAUUAUGUUUUGGGGCUGUCGCUGGGCAACACAGACUUUCAACUCCCUCCAAAGAUUUUCUAUGGGGUUGAGAUCUGGAGAUUGGCUAGGCCACUCCAGGACCUUGAAAUGCUUCUUACGAAGCCACUCCUUCGUUGCCCGGGCGGUGUGUUUGGGAUCAUUGUCAUGCUGAAAGACCCAGCCAUCUUCAAUGCCCUUGCUGAUGGAAGGAGGUUUUCACUCAAAAUCUCACGAUACAUGGCCCCAUUCAUUCUUUCCUUUACACGGAUCAGUCGUCCUGGUCCCUUUGCAGAAAAACAGCCCCAAAGCAUGAUGUUUCCACCCCCAUGCUUCACAGUAGGUAUGGUGUUCUUUGGAUGCAACUCAGCAUUCUUUGUCCUCCAAACACGACGAGUUGAGUUUUUACCAAAAAGUUCUAUUUUGGUUUCAUCUGACCAUAUUACAUUCUCCCAAUCCUCUUCUGGAUCAUCCAAAUGCACUCUAGCAAACUUCAGACGGGCCUGGACAUUUACUGGCUUAAGCAGGGGGACACGUCUGCCCACUGCAGGAUUUGAGUCCCUGGCGGCGUAGUGUGUUACUGAUGGUAGGCUUUGUUACUUUGGUCCCAGCUCUCUGCAGGUCAUUCACUAGGUCCCCCCGUGUGGUUCUGGGAUUUUUGCUCACCGUUCUUGUGAUCAUUUUGACCCCACGGGGUGAGAUCUUGCGUGGAGCCCCAGAUCGAGGGAGAUUAUCAGUGGUCUUGUAUGUCUUCCAUUUCCUAAUAAUUGCUCCCACAGUUGAUUUCUUCAAACCAAGCUGCUUACCUAUUGCAGAUUCAGUCUUCCCAGCCUGGUGCAGGUCUACAAUUUUGUUUCUGGUGUCCUUUGACAGCUCUUUGGUCUUGGCCAUAGUGGAGUUUGGAGUGUGACUGUUUGAGGUUGUGGACUGGUGUCUUUUAUACUGAUAACAAGUUCAAACAUGUGCCAUUAAUACAGGUAACGAGUGGAGGACAGAGGAGCCUCUUAAAGAAGAAGUUACAGGUCUGUGAGAGCCAGAAAUCUUGCUUGUUUGUAGGUGACCAAAUACUUAUUUUCCACCAUAAUUUGCAAAUAAAUUCAUAAAAAAUCCUACAAUGUGAUUUUUAGGAUUUUUUUUUCUCAAUUUGUCUGUCAUAGUUGACGUGUACCUAUGAUGAAAAUUACAGGCCUCUCUCAUCUUUUUAAGUGGGAGAACUUGCACAAUUGGUGGCUGACUAAAUACUUUUUUUCCCCACUGUAUAUUAUUUAGUAUAUGUAAAGACAAGAUUAAAUUAAGAAUAGUGUUGUGGGUGACAAUAUUAUUACUUGUGAAUGAUGUAAUAUCACUUGUGAAUGAUGCCCAGUGUGUGCAUUAAGGCCAGAAACAGCACAUGCCUUUUUUGUGUGCAACUUUUUCAAAUCAUAGUCGCACACCUCAUGUAGCCUAGCCCUAUAUGUUUUGAUAAGGUUUGUAUCCAGUGGCCAAAUAACUUCUUAAAAUUAUGCAGAUUAAUCUGCUUUACAACCAGUGUAGAGCCUAACUGGCAUACAUAGACAGCCAUAAUUUUCACUAUAAAAAUGCACCUUUAUAAUAAAGCAUUACAUGCAUAAUAGCAUUUGCGGUCACUUUUGAAAAUGGUGUUUUCCCGCUAAUUGAUUGCAUUUAGGAACAUUCACGCUUAUAGCCUACUGCAUUUUAAGCUAAACGUUCUGAUCUGUUGCAUCAACCUCAUUGCUUUAAAAAAAAUGUUUGAUGCAAGUGUUUGUAUUAAUUUGGGAUCUAUCACAUCCCACAACUGUCCCAGAGUAUGUUUGGAAUAUUUAUUUAUCGCAACGAAGGACAAGUUGAUCAAUAGAAUAGGUUCACUUUUGUACUAUGUGGGAUAGCAGAUUGACAGAGGCUAGUGCUUUUGCUGUUCGUUAGGCCUACUCAUCUUGUUGGCUGACGAAAAGUAAAUGUGGACAGUUCUUCUAACAUCUUCAAUAUACGCCUCGGAAUUCGAUAAGAACGAUGCGCGUCCCCGAUGAGCUGUCUUCACUUGUAGCCUACUUCGGAGCUGAGAGAAGGACCUGAUCAAGUGAGGGCAUUGGCUAAUAAUAAUUGAGAUCUCUGACAGCCAUGUGAGUGAGAGGUGCUUCAAUGCACGGCGAUUGGCAGCCGGGAGCAGGGAAUUAUAAUUAUUAUAUUCAGGCCAAAGGCACAACGGCCACUUUGGUCAAAGCAUGUCUUUUUUUUAGGGGGCAUCACGGCCACACAAGUGGGGUGCCGCUGGGAAAUUCGAGGCCUGGUGAGAAUAUUAUCAAGUGCUUGUCAAAUUGUGAAUGAGAGACUGAUGAAGUGUGGGCAGCCUGCACAAUAAACAAAGCAGAGCUCAUGCCUUUCAUGCUACUUUUUUCAAAUCAUCAUUAGAGUUGCAUCAUGCAGCCUUAGAAUGUAUUAAAAAUCAAAACAUAUAGCCCAACAUUUUAUCACAACUAAAGUUGCAUAAAUAACUCUAAAGUAAGCAUAUAGGAGGACCUGUUUCUUUGUUAACCACUCAACACAGAAUAUCUGCAUGUGCGCACUCCCACGGAAAUCGUUUGGAGAAAAUACCCUUUCUAUUUUAUUCAGCUAUGUUCAAUUGUGUUCUUCAUACUAUAAAAUAAUGCCACAGAAUUCUAAGCAAAUCUUGUCUGCUAAAUGAACUAGUAUAGCCCACAGCCAUAUGGCAUAGCCAGAUCAGGACCUAACAUAAGGACAACUCAGAGUAUGCUAUUCUGUUCUUCUGAAAUAGACUACAUUUUCUUCAUCUCAUGUUUCUUUAGACUUUUUAGAAUGUAGAUGUUUCAAAGGUCUGCAUCAGUGGCUUGUAGGCUGUGUGUGGAAGCCAGGAGAUGGUAAACAUGUUAAUGUUAAUUAACGGUCAAUUACCAUGAGACCAGCAGUUAUUUGCUGGUCAAUCACCGGCUGACAAAAUGUCAUGACCGCCACAGCCCUACUGUGACGUUUUCGGGGGGAUAAUGAUUGUGUGGUUGUCAUAGACUUUGGUGCUACUAAUCCCCUGUCUCUCUGUAGGAGUCAGCCCUGUGCUUGUUUACUUCAUAGGAUUGAAAAUCCUGCCUUAAGGAGAGAUGAGCCACAGUUUCACAAUGUGUGACUAACGCAAAGUGAUGCUGUACAGAGCGAAAGAGAGGGAAGGAUAGAUGAGUGAGAGAAAUGGGAGGGACAGGUUGAUGACUGUGUAGGAGGUGCAGAACCAUAGAGCUCCAACACACAGGCAAGGCUAUGUUGAUCUCCCCCGGCCUCUGGGCACAAGUGUUCAUAUAAGUGUAACCCAGCCACCUACCACUAACACCAUAACCCUCCCUCACCCAGUGGCACCUCACCUGCUCUGCUCCAGCCUGAGCCUCCAGCAUCCAGUAGAGUAACAACAUGGGCCUGGUGGCUCUAAAUUUGGAAUUUUUGCUUCCCAGCUGAUGGGGCUUACGGUCAGGGGUGCACGUUUUGGUUUUUGCCCUAGCAAACCGAGUUUGGGACACUCUGCUCUAUGUGUUUCUGUCUCUGGUUGGCUUAUGGUCCGACUGGCACCUCUGGGUUCCUCUACUGAGAGGAAACGGAACGGGUAACGGUCAUGGUGUUUGAACUAUUAAUACACCAGAAAGUCAACUUCCCUCCCCGUGAAUGAGCAUAUCUUAGUGUCAUCCUGAUCUCACUGCAGAUGUACCGCUAACAUCAAAGCGGUGACCCGUUCAUGCUCUACAACAUUCGCAGAGUACGACCCUACCUUACACAGAAAGCGGCACAGGUCCUAAUCCAGGCACUUGUCAUCUCCCAUCUGGAUUACUGCAACUCGCUGUUGGCUGGGCUCCCUGCCUGUGCCAUUAAACCCCUACAAUUUAUCCAGAACGCUGCAGUCCGUCUGGUGUUCAACCUUCCCAAGUUCUCUCAUGUCACCCCGCUCCUCCGCACACUCCACUGGCUUCCAGUUGAGGCUCGCAUCUACUACAAGACCAUGGUGCUUGCCUACGGAGCUGUGAGGGGAACGGCACCUCCUUACCUUCAGGCUCUGAUCAGACCCUACACCCAAACGAGGGCACUACGUUCAUCCACCUCUGGCCUGCUAGCCCCCCUACCUCUACGGAAGCACAGUUCCCGCCCAGCCCAGUCAAAGCUAUUCGCUGCACUGGCACCCCAAUGGUGGAACAAGCUCCCCCACGACGCCAGGACAGCGGAGUCACUGACCACCUUCCGGAGACACUUGAAACCCUACCUCUUUAAGGAAUACCUGGAAUAGUAUAAAAGUAAUCCUUCUACCCACCCCCCCCCCCAACCCCCUCAUAAAAAAAAAAAGUGUUUGUCCCACUGGCUAUCAUAAGUUGAAUGCACCAAUUUGUAAGUCGCUCUGGAUAAGAGCAUCUGCUAAAUGACGUAAAUGUAAAUGUACCUCACUACAGUUACAGUAGACUGCCUGGAGGAACUGAGCAAUGGUUAGGCCUAAAUAUCUCCACCUUACCAGAUAGAUGUCUGUACUGUAGAGCAUAAUAAUUAAACAAGCUCCCAUCAAGCACUAAGGCAAGCUUCAUUCCUCCAAGGUCACUGGCAGCAUGCAGAGAUGAGAUUUUAUGACAGCCUGCAUUUCAUAACCUCUCACUAGUGAUGGUAGUCAGGUGUUGUUGAGUCAUUUUUUGCCAGUGUCUCUGUCCCCGUAUCUCAGGGGUCACGACCUCACUGUGCAAGGUGACCCACGUGGGGGUGCAGGGCGGUGGCUGUGCUGUC